AUGUGGCUGCGAAGCGAAACUAGGGAUCGGAGACUACGUUCAAGUAGUACGCGAAGCGCGGUUAAGUUCAAAUCAUCACUCAAGGUGGCUAGCCAAAAGGCAAAGAAGAGUUCCGCUGUCGAACUCGUGGUGUCCUCGUCCCGGCGUGCUGUUUCAUCAUCAGUGUCCAAAUGUCGCACGGAUGUGUCGACGACAGUUGCCGUCGUACCGUCAUCCACCGUUGUCGGUCGGUGCAAAACCGCCGCGCCUGCUACGCCUUCUAGAUCGAUCGGUUCCCGGCGCACAACCGGCAAGGCAACGAGAAACCAUCGCCCAACUGCUGGCGGUAACGAUGGUAGUAAGGCGGACGGCCAUGCAGCUGUCGUAACGAUUCCGGACGAUUGCAAGGAGAACUGCUGGCAGGAUAAUAACGAUCUCACCCUGUUCGAUGGGACCACAGUCAUCGACCAGAAACGCAUCGAAGAUUCACCCACACACUCCAGCUGCCCUGUUCAGCAUCUGCCUGGGGAGGAUGUCUCUUCCAACAAUGGACUACCGCAUACCGAUACGGAAGGUAUGAAUUAUUCCACCGAAACCACCGACUGUGGAUUAUACUCGAAGAAAGUUACCGACGAUUUGGGAUCGGCCGAGGAUGCACUUAACCAGUUCGGUAUAAUUUCGUACGAUUCCAACAAAAACACACUGUUGGGUCACCCGAUCGUGUUGCCACCGGUCAGUACUUCGUUCGUGAGCAGCGUUGCCGGUGCAUCCUCAUCGCAGGAAGAAGUGCAACCGCUAAACUCAAAAUGCAUCACAGAAUGCGAUAGUACUACGGCGGACCUUGGCAACGAUGUAUCGGGCGGUUGUAUUAGUAAUGUUAAGGAUGUAGUUAACGACAGUUGCUGCGUGGAAGAGGAUACAAUCCUGCCCUCCACAUCGUCUGAGGGAAAUUUUCCAAAGUCAAGUGCAAUCAUAUCUUCUCAAUCGCACGAUAUUGUUGUACCGGAGGUCGACUCAACAACGGAUACGGUACCUCCGGAUACGUCUUCUGUUAAUCUUAUGGACGGCGAUAUGAUCGCCAACUUCCCUCUAACCGCUUCUUCCAUCGGACUAGCUGGUGGCACAUCGAUGUCAUCCUCGUCGUCAACUUCGUCAUCCUCUUCAUCGUCAUCCUCAUCGUCAUCGGCUUCGUCAUCGUCCUCGUCGACAUCGUCCUCGUCAUCUUCGUGCAAUACAUCACUGGGCGCUUCAGUAUCCGCAGUGUCGAUGGCAGCUUCCUCGCUGUCAUCAAACUUCCAGCCCAUUGCGUAUAGCAAUUGCUCUUCACUGUCUACCACAGGAUACGAAGAGCAGCCGCAAUCCAGCUAUUCGCCAAGUCAGACUGCGGCAGCCGUUGCAGUAGCGUCAGACUUAAUUUCCAUGUUCGACGAGGAACACUACAAAAAUGCUACCGAUCUCGGCCAGUUUACAGAUUUUACUUACAAUGCUCUGAUCACCCAGGCACUGCUAAGUUGUGGCGACGCGGCAGCUGCAGCGGGGUUAAACCUGAACUGUGGUCAAUCGAGCACGGAUGGUUUGAACGAUUCCGCCUUUUUCUCGUCGCUCAAUACGACGGCAAUCGAAAAUCUGAAAGCACUGACGUCCCUGUCGGGUAUUGGUCAUAACAUGGAUGGGAUGAUGUUGGACGAAAGCGCAAACACGUCUCAUAAUCUCGGGACGAUGGGCUAUAUGACGGAAUACGGGGGCGUUCAUCAGGAGCAACAGCACCACCUGCAGCAUCAACGGGCAAUGCAUGGAUCCGAGCAGGAAACACUGAUCCACAAUAUUGAGUGCAAUGAAUCAAUUCCCAUGUGCGGCGAUGACACUGAGGCAGCUAUGCAGCUUGAAAACAACGAAUGCAUAGAAAUGGAUGAAUCGAACGAUGGGCAACACGACGAUGCGGCUUACAGGGCUUUUGAUCCUUAUUUGUUCAUUAAACAGCUUCCUCCGUUGACAUGCGAAAUGCGUUCCAAAUGUCCUGCAUUGCCCUUAAAGACACGGUCCAGUCCCGAGUUCAGUUUGGUACUCGAUCUGGACGAAACGUUGGUUCAUUGCAGCCUGAUGGAGCUAUCCGAUGCGAGCUUCAAAUUUCCGGUGCUAUUUCAAGAGUGCAAGUACACUGUGUACGUCCGGACCAGACCAUACUUCCGCGAGUUUCUCGAGAAAGUAUCGCAGAUGUUCGAGGUGAUUCUCUUCACAGCGUCGAAGCGGGUCUAUGCCGACAAGCUACUCAAUCUGCUUGAUCCUGACCGACGGCUCAUUAAGUAUCGUUUGUUCCGCGAGCAUUGUGUCCUAGUCAACGGGAAUUACAUUAAAGAUUUGACUAUUCUGGGACGAGAUCUCUCCAAGACCAUUAUCAUAGAUAAUUCGCCCCAGGCAUUUGGAUACCAAUUGGAGAAUGGUAUCCCGAUAGAGAGCUGGUUCGAGAAUCAAAGUGAUUCGGAGUUGAUGAAAAUUUUACCGUUUUUGGAACGCCUAGUGGAAAUGCGCGAAGACGUUCGUCCACAUAUCCGUGAAAAGUUCCGACUGUUUUCGUUUUUACCACCGGACUAA